GUGAAUCUUCUGCUGAGCCAGCAAGAACGUGUGAAGACCAAAGUGCAACAGCGCCAGGCUGAGGUUGAGCGAAAUCUCGAGGAAGUACACCAGGUGAUGGAGAUGCUGAAAGGUUUACACAAGAAGAUUGAUACUGCAGUAACUACAGUAGACUCUCUGAAGCCAGUGGGCACUGGCUUGGGUCAGAUUAAAGAUCAACAAGAGGAGUUAAAGAAAUUCAGCAAGGCUCAGGUAGAAGGCCUGCAGAAAGAACUGGAGCAUUUGAACAGAAGUAUCCAGUCCCUGGGACAGACCACAGCUUCGGGAGUCAGCUCAGGGGGUCUGGAUGAGGAUUUGGAGGCACUACAUGAAAGAUGGUCGGAGCUAAGUGACAAGGUGUCAGAAAGAGAGAGAAGCCUGGACAAAGCGCUGCUGCAGUCAGGAAAGUUUAAAGAUGCGCUGACCUCUCUGAUGACCUGGAUAGCAGAAACUGAAGAAACGAUAGCCAACCAGACUCCAGCUUCACCAGAGUUCAGGGUCAUCAAAGGUCAACUUCAGGAACAGAAGCUUCUGCAGAAAAUGAUUGAUGAUCGAGCAGCGAGUGUUGCAGCUGUGAGGGACUCCAGUAUGUGGUCACAGCUGGGUGAAGCUGAACGCCACCAGGUCAUCCACGAGCUGGAGUCUCUCAGCCAGCGAUGGACAGCGGUCACUGACAGUGUGGCCCAGAGGACCAAACUGCUGGAGAAACUGUCCGAUGUGGCCAGACAGUACCAGGAUGUCCAAGAGCCUGUGCUGGCGUGGCUAGAACAGGCUGACAAGAAGUUUGCCUCUCUGGAACCUAAAUCCCCAGAUCCUGGAGCUAUUGGACAGAUUAUUGUUGAACUGAAGCAUUUGCAAGAGGAGAUAAGCACACAUGAAAGUUCUGUCAAGGAAUUGUCUGUCCUUGGAAGUCAACUUCAAGAGUUCUGCAGAGGUGAGACUGGCACAGCUGUACAAGCCAAGAUUGGGGACAUCCACAAGCAGUUUGGGGACCUGAAGAUUAGAGUGGAGGACUCCCUGGAGCAGAUGGAAGAAGCCCUGCCUUUAGCUCAGCACUUCCAGGAAGCACAUGGAAAGUUUAUGCAGUGGGUUGCCAGUGUGGAACAGGAACUCAAGGAAGCACAUGGGACAGACACUGAGCAGGAUAUCCAGGCUCUGCUGCGGCAGCUGGAAGCAGUCCAGCCUUAUUUUGAAGUGAUCAACAACGAGGGAGCGGAGCUAGCUGAAGCCACACCCAACGAUGCUGGUCUGCAUGUGGAGGAGACCAUCAGCAGAGACAUCCACAAGUACGAUGCUGUUCGGCAACAGAUCGAGAAACGAGCCCAGAAGUUUCAAAUGUCCACACAGAAAUCUGUAGAAUGCCUGAAGGAACUUGAUGAGCUGUUGGAUUGGUUUGGCAUUGGAGAGACCAAACUGAGCAGUUUGUCCCCCAUCAGUACCGAACCUGAGACACUUGAACAGCAGCUGGCCGAGGCAAAGACUUUCUGCGUGGAAAUCGGAAACCAAAAAAGCCGAAUCAGAAGUGCAGUUACAGCUGGGAAGAAACUGCUGAGAGAUUCCAGCCUGGGCGGUGAUGACAUCAUCAACAACAAGAUAGACCUGCUGAAAAACAAAUCUGAUGCCGUAGGAGCCGGAGCGGCUGAGAGGCUGGGAGAGCUGGAGCAGACCUUGCCACUGGCAAAAUCCUUCCAUGAAACUCACCAAGACCUGGUGAUUUGGUUGGAGGAGAUUGAACCAGUCUUGACUGAACUAGAAGUGGUGACUGUUGAUACACAAGAGGUGAAAAAGCAACAGGAAAUGAUGAAGGCCCUGAAACAAGAUGUCGCAGACCACAAACCAGUCAUUGACCGCCUCAACAGGACAGGGUCAGCUCUCAUUCAGCUGGUCAGUCCGGAGGCAGCCCAGGAUGUCCAAGAGAAACUAGACGAAGACAACAGUCGCAUUGAGGACGUGAGGUCAGGAGUCAGGGAGAGGUCAAACUCCAUUGAUAUGGCCAUGCAGCAGUCGGCAGAGUUCACAGACAAGCUUGAGAACAUGCUGGAGACUUUAACCACGACUGCUGAAACAGUCCAGAAUGCUGAGCCCAUUGCUGCUCACCCAGACAAGAUCCGGGAACAGAUUGAAGAGAAUAAGGUUGUUGAUGAGGAGAUGCAGAUGAAGUCUAAUGCCCUGGAGUCGGUCAAGGAAGCAGCAGAAGAGCUGAUGAAGCAGGCAGGCAGUGUUGCUGAUCCAGCCGUCAGAGAUGUUCAGCAGAAACUGGAAGAGCUGACCAGACUGUAUCAUGAUAUACUCAACAACUGUCAUGACCGCAGCCGAGCCCUGGAAGAUGCCCUGACAGUCUCGGAGAAGUUCUGGGAUGACCUCAACACUCUCUCCGGAAGCAUCAAAGAGCUACAGGAUGGCUUGGCCAAUCAGGAAAGGCCUGCCCUGGAACCUGCGGCAAUCAGAGAGCAACAGGAAGAACUGGAGACUCUGAAGGAAGACCUGGCAAUCACUCAGGCAGACUUGGAGGAUCUGCAGCAGACCGGGGACCAGCUGAUGCUCCUGGUCGGGGACCCUGAGAAACCAGAGAUCAAAAAGAACUUGGACGACACAGAGGAGACACUGAACACAAUCAGCAAUCAGGUAACAGCUCUUCUUCUCCUCCUUAAACUACUGGUAUGGCUUCAGAUCCAAGAGGAAACAUUCAACCAAUUUGAGCCCAUUUCUACAGAGUUUGAUUCUAUCAAGUCACAGUGGAAUGAUGUCAGGGUUUUCAAAAGCGUGAUUGACCCUAAGCAUGUUGCCAUUGAAGCUUUGAACCAGCAGGCCGAGGAGCUGGUGAAGGAUUGCUCCCAACAGCAGGCUGUGGUUAUUAGAGAACCUGUGGCUGGUGUCAACCAGAGAUGGGACGCCCUACAAACCAGCAUCGGUGACAGGAAAAGAGACAUCCAGAUGGCUUUCCUGAGCCUGGGACAGAUUGAUCAGGCGUACAAAAAUUUCAGGUCAUGGCUGGAUGGUGUCAACAGCAUGCUGGAGGAGCUGGAACCUGUCUAUGGUGAUCCCAAGAUCGUUGAGAUGGAACUGGCCAAGCUCAGGAUUGUCCGAAAUGAUAUCGCAGUCCAUCAGGAUAAUCUGCACUCACUUUCUGAAGAAACUGGCAAGAUAAUUGCUAGAGAUAACACAACUGAGAGCAGUUCCCUCAAGAAGAAGAUGGAAGACCUAGUGACAGACUGGAACAUGAUGAAAGAAAAAGCCAAGAAAAGACAGUCACAGUUGGAAGAUGCCAGGAGAGAGGCCCGUGGCUUUACCGAAGAGUUACACGACAUCCUGGUGAAGAUCAACAGCCUAGACAGUCACAUGAUCACAUCGCAGCCAGUGGGAGGCCUGCCUGAAACUGCCAGGGAGCAGCUGGAGAGAUUUCUGGAAGUCUAUGAGAUGAUGAACAAGCUAGAGCCAGCGAUACAGAGUCUCCAACUGAUGUCUGAGAAGUUGGCCACCAAGAGCCACGGAGCUCCCGCCGCCAGCAUCAGGUAUAACAUGGCAAACCUCCAUCAGAGGUGGGACCAUAUGAAAGGCAGAGCCACUGACAGGAGGAAAAAACUGGAAGAUGCUGUUGUCCUGGCCAAGAAUUUUCAUGAGGAGUUGAACAAGUUCAUUGGCUGGUUAACUGACACGGAGAAGAUACUGAACAACCUGCAGCCGGUCAGCAGACUUGUAGACAGGGUCACUCGGCAGAUAGAAGAUCAUAGGGUGCUUCAGAAGGACGUCAGUGACCACCGGGAGGCCAUGUUUGCCCUAGAUAAGAUGGGCACCCACCUGAAGUACUUCAGUCAGAAGCAUGAUGUGGUUCUCAUCAAGAACUUGCUGUCCAGCGCCCAGCAUCGUUGGGAGAAGAUUGUCUCCAGGAGUGCUGAACGAACCAGACAUCUUGAGAGGGGUUACAAGGAGGCCAAACAGUUUUAUGAUUCGUGGAAGGACUUGGUUCAGUGGCUGAAGGAGGCAGAACAGGCCUUGGAUUCAGAAACUACAGUUAGCAAUGAGCCUGACAAGAUCAAGGUUCAGAUUGCCAAACACAAGGAGUUCCAGCGUCGCCUGGGGGGUAAACAACCAGUUUACGACGGCAUCAACAGGGCUGGCAGUGCUGUACAGGACAGAUGUCCAGCAGACGACAAGCCGGCCAUCCAGGCUUUGCUGACUGAUCUGAAGAACAGGUGGAAUGCUGUCUGUGGCAGAUCUGUUGACAGGCAGCGCAAGCUAGAGGAAGGCUUGCUGUUCACAGGGCAGUUUAAUGUGGCUCUAGAGGCUCUCUUGGACUGGCUGGCCAAAGUAGAACCCUCUUUGGCUGAGGAUACUCCAGUCCAUGGAGAUCUUGAUACCGUCAGUGGCUUCUUGGAGGCCCAUAAGGCAUUCCAACAGGAGUUAGGGGCCCGGGCCCAAACAAUCCAGUUUGUCCGCAAGUCAGCCAAAGAUCUGUUGGAGAAGGCCAGUGAAGACAUGUCCCACGUGCAGUCCCACUUGAUUGAGUUGUCUGCCCUGUGGGACCGGGUGUGCAAGCUCAGUGUCAGCAAACAGGAGAGGCUGGAGCAUGCACACACAUUGGCUGAAGAGUUCCACGACAAGGCCCAUGGUUUGCUGGACUGGCUGGCCAGUGCUGAAAGGGAGUUGAGGUUCAAAGGUGUCAUUCCUGAUGAAGAGUCUCUCAUUGCCCAGCAGACUCAUGACCAUAAGAAGUUUGAGGAGUCCAUGCUGAGAAAAGAGGCUGUGCUGAGGGAGACGCUGAACAUAGGCCAGGAGAUCAUGAAGCGAUGCCAUCAAGAUGCUGUCUCUACCAUGAAGCACUGGCUCGGAGUGCUGCGGACUCGAUGGGAGGAGUUGAUGGGAUUGAGCCGACAGAGGCAGAAAAGAUUGAUGGAAGCAGCAACUGCUGCAAGACAGAACAACCUGCUUCUGGAGCAACUUCUCAGCUGGUUGAAUGGUGCUGAAGCCAAACUGGCAGAACAGGACAAGGUUCCCAUCCCUAGAGACCAGCAGGUCAUUGAGGAGUUAAUGCAGCAGCAUCAGAGCUUCCAGAGUGAUAUGUCCAGCAAACAGCCUGAUGUGGACCGCAUCACCAGGGCAGACAAGAGAAAGGCUGGGUUUGAUUCCAGUGCUUCCCACAUUCCAAACUUCAGGGGGCCCAGAGGUACACCUCGGUCCAAGAUUCCCACAAUCCGAACUCCAGAAACGAGUGGCCGCAGAACCCCAGAUGUGUCUGGUCGUAUAACACCAGAUGUUUCAGGACGCAGGACUCCGGACCAUCUGUCAGGACGCAGGACUCCAGACCAUCUGUCAGGUCGCAGAACUCCGGAGCCUGGAUUCCAUAAUCCUCGAGUGGGUGCCUUAGUCAACAAGUGGAGGCAGGUGUGGCUGAUGGCCAUGGACAGACAGCGCAAGCUUCAGGAUGCUUUAGACUACUUGAAUGAGAUGGAAAGACUGAAGACAUUUGACUUUGAUGAGUGGAGGAAGCGGUACCUGCGCUGGAUGAACCACAACAAGGCUCGGAUCAUUGACUUCUUCAGGAAGCAGGACCGAGAUCGAGAUGGCCGGGUCACCAGGCGGGAGUUCAUUGAGGGAAUAUUGAUGUCCAAAUUCCCAAGCUCACGGUUAGAGAUGGAGGCCGUGGCUGAUAUAUUUGACAGGGACGGGGAUGGAUUCAUCAACUACAAGGAGUUUGUUGCUGCACUCAAACCUGACAGAGAGCCCAAGCCUGAAUCAGAAGCAGAGAAGAUUCUGGAUGAAGUCAGGAGACAGGUGUCCCGGUGUACCUGUGUCAAACAGUUUAAGAUUCACAAGAUCGGAGAGGGCAAGUACAGGUUUGGAGAUUCCCAGAAACUGAGGUUGGUGCGCAUCCUGCGCAGUACAGUGAUGGUGAGAGUCGGGGGCGGCUGGAUUGCACUGGAUGAGUUCCUGGUGAAAAAUGAUCCCUGUCGAG